CCUUUCUUCUUCCGGACACAGAGGAAAUCUAGGUUUUUCCAUUUGAAAAGAAACGGCUGCACCAGCAAACUCAAGGAACCAUAUCCAGAAGGAAGACGAAGGAAGAAGAGAGAAAUUUCGAAGGCACCUCUUCGUCCCCACUGAAAUUUCUGCUGCUCCACCAGGUUCUCUGCGUUGUUCUUCCAUGGAAGCAGUUCUUAACUGACGAACCGGCAAACCCAUUGCUAAUUGUUUGCUUUUGUUUUGUGGACGUGAAUUGGAGCCUUAAUUUGGGACAUUCGUUUGGUGGCUGAGACUGGACAGGAUUGGGAUUGUGUCCAGUCAUAUCCCAUAGAGUCUCCCACCCUUGCGAAGGAGAGGAACUUCCCUGCCUCGGUUUUACUAUCGUCUUCUUCCUGUCUCUCUACUCAUGCCUACUGAGGACAGAGAUAGGAAGAGGGGAUUCCGGCAACCAAUCCGGCCGAAUUUCAUCCGUUUUGUCUCAAGCUCGUUCGGGUGAUUCCGGCAACCAAUCUCUUCGAAUUAUGUACUCCAACCACGCUUGUGCAGCAGGCGGGACCCUCUCAGGGUCGAGUAGUGUGGGACUAUCUGUGAGUGGCGAGGAGCUUCUGUAUACGAAUUUUAAUGGGAACUCCGGAGUUUCCGGAUCUGGGUCGGCAUUGCUACAUCGCUGAUUGCCAGCAGAUCGAUUUCUUGCCCUUCACCUGCGAUAGCUGUCAUCAGGUAUUUUGUUUGGAGCAUCGAAGCUAUAUUAAGCAUAAUUGUCCAAAAGCUGACAAACAAAAUGUCACUGUUGUCAUCUGUCCCCUUUGUGCCAAAGGAGUUCAUCUAAUUCCAGAUGAAGAUGCAAACAUUACUUGGGAGAGACAUGUUAACAAUGAAUGCGACCCUUCUAAUUAUGAGAAAGCCACAAAGAAGAAAAAGUGUCCUGUUCCCGGCUGCAAGGAGCUCUUAACAUUCUCCAACACAAUCAAGUGCAGGGACUGCACGGUCGACCACUGUUUGAAGCAUCGAUUUGGACCUGAUCACAAGUGUCCGGGACCCAAGAAACCUACAACAGGCUUUCCUUUUUCAGGCCUGUUAAGUAGGAGUAGGAAAGAAGUGUGGAAGCCCAACCAUGCUCCUGUCGCAUCUUCCUCGAACUGGAGUAAUAGCUUUCUUACUGCAGCUUCAUCUUUUCGAGCCUCAGCUGAAGCAAGUGUGGCAAAAUUGAGUAGUGAACUUAGCCAGAAGUGGCAGAUAGCAAAGGAUGGAGUAGGGCAGAGCAGCAAUAGUGGGAGUAGAAACGGGCAGCUGGAGGAGUGUCCGCAGUGUGGUGCUAAGUUUUCCUCAGUCACCACUCUUGUAGACCACGUAGAAAAAGUCCAUGAGAAGGGUGGCAACAGAGCCGGGGUGAAGAAAGCGACAAUCGAUGCCUGCCCUAAAUGUAGUAAAGGGUUUCGUGAUCCAGUAGCUCUCGUAGAGCACGUUGAGAGAGAUCAUGGUGGCACAUCAAGGACGUAGGUACCAUUUUUGGAGAAAGUGUGUGUAUUAUCCAUUGGGUAUAAAUUCAUUGUCGUCGCACUGGCAAAUGCAUGUAUCUUUUGAGCAUUCAGUCAAACUUUAAAAUUGAAUAUAAAGUUAUUCUUUUGUGAAUAUUUUAAA